AUGUCGAAGCGAAGACUGGCCGAGGAGGCCGCGGAUGAGCGCCACAUCAUGCGCAUCACGCCUUUGGGCGCUGGAAACGAAGUCGGUCGAUCAUGCAUCGUUCUCAAAUUUAAAGGAAAGACUAUUAUGCUGGAUUGUGGUGUGCACCCAGGUUACUCUGGUCACGGCAGUCUACCCUUCUUUGAUGGCGUAGAGGCUGAGGAGAUUGACUUGCUCCUUAUCACGCAUUUCCAUAUCGACCAUGUGGCUGCUCUACCACACUUUACCGAAAAGACAAAUUUUAAAGGUCGAGUGUUCAUGACGCAUCCUACGAAGGCUGUGAUGCAAAUGAUGCUACGCGAUUUUUUACGCGUUUCGAAUAUUUCAGUAGACGACCAAAUUUAUGAUGAUAAGGAUCUCAAUAAUUGCGUCUCGAAGGUCGAAAUCAUCGAUUUUCAUCAGGAAAUGAUGCACAAUGGCAUAAAGUUUACGCCCUACAAUGCUGGACAUGUGCUUGGUGCCUGCAUGUAUUUAAUCGAGAUUGGGGGUGUUAAGGUGCUUUAUACAGGAGACUACUCUCUUGAGAAUGAUCGCCAUCUCAUGGCUGCUGAGCUUCCGGCUUGUUCACCCGAUGUGCUUAUUGUAGAGUCUACUUAUGGUGUACAAGUACACCAGUCCGUUGUGGAGCGCGAGGGUCGAUUUACUGGACAAGUUGAGGCUGUGGUGCGUCGUGGUGGGCGCUGUUUGAUUCCAGUCUUUGCACUGGGACGUACUCAGGAACUGCUAUUGAUUCUCGAUGAGCAUUGGCGCUCACAUCCAGACUUACAGGAUAUUCCCAUUUACUUUGCGUCCAAGCUUGCUGCCAAAGCACUGCGUGUGUACCAAACGUACAUCAACAUGAUGAAUGAUCGGAUUCGGAAGCAGAUUGCUAUUUCGAAUCCGUUUCAAUUUGAGCAUAUCUCAAAUCUGAAAAGUAUGGAUGAUUUUGACGAUUCCGGUCCGUCCGUCGUGAUGGCUAGUCCGGGCAUGCUUCAGAGUGGUGUUUCACGACAGCUGUUCGAGCGUUGGUGCUCGGACAAGCGUAAUGCCUGUCUAAUCCCUGGCUAUGUUGUUGAAGGUACACUAGCCAAAAAGAUACUUUCCGAGCCGACAGAGAUUGCAGCCUUAGAUGGCCGAAUAAUUCCCAUGAAUUGCACGGUAGAAUAUAUCUCUUUCUCGGCACACGCCGACUUUGUGGGCACGAGUGGGUUUGUAGAAAAACUUACACCACCCAAUAUUGUGCUAGUUCACGGAGAAAAGAACGAGAUGAUGAGGUUGAAAUCGGCACUGAUGAAAAAGUUUAAUGAUCCGAAAGUUUAUCAUCCGACCAUUUCGACGCCAGCCAAUAUGCAAGAAAUCGUGUUAGAAUUUAAGGGUGAGAAAAUCGCAAAGGCUAUCGGGGGUUUAGCAAGCGAUCAGCCAAAAAAUGGAACGGUAAUAUCCGGUCUCUUAGUGGAAGUGGACUCUCAGACACAUUUGAUGGCUAAAGAAGAUCUCUCGGCGUACACGAAGCUUAUUUCGGGAAAAAUCACACAAAAGCAACACGUGCCGUUUGAGUACAAUUCCUUUGAUGUGCUUAUCACCUUUCUUUGUCAAAUGUACGAAGACGUCGUGCAUCUUAAAAAUGAAAAUAGAUUGGUUGUGUGUAAGCAAGUGGUAAUAACGCGAUGUUUGGUCACCAAGGGUGCCACCGAGAAACUCAUCGUGGAAUGGACUUCUGCACCAACGGCUGACAUGAUCGCAGACUCGGUGGUUGCUCUGGCUAUGCAUGCGCAGGCAAGUCCAGCCAGUUUUAAGCUAAGUGGUCAACCGACAGCUGCUUGUCCUCACGACCAUACGAGGCAACCAAGCAAUUUUGAUGAGAGUGUCGAUGAAGACGACAAAUCUUUAAAGCCUGAAGAUGAUAUUUCAGCUGUAAUAAAAACUGAAGACAAUGAGAGCACUGGACCAGCUGAAGAACAGUGUGCCAGCAGUGAUCUUGAAAUGGCUGCACAGAAGCUAGGUGAAGCCGAUCAGGAUGCAUUAAAUUUGUUGAUUGUGUUUCGCUUUUUGAAGGAUCAAUACGGCGACGUUGAUCUGGAUUUCGAAACGAACAAAAUUCACGUGCGAACACCAAGUGGCAUUGAUGCAAUAGUCGACCAUGCCUCGCAAAAAAUUGAGUGUAAUGACUCAGGUUUCAAGGAAAAGCUGCAAACGACAAUCCAACUCAUCGAAGGUGCACUCAAACCAAUUACUACUUCAUGA